AUGAAUGAAUUAAUUAAAUCAUUUGAAGAAUUAAAAAAUAGUAAAAAUGAAGAUGAAUUAUUAGAUUGUUGUUAUAAUAUUAAAAAAACAUUAACAAAUAAUAUUAAUAGUUAUAAAUUAUUAGUAACUAAAGAGAUAGAACCUUAUUUAAAGAUUGCUUUAAGUGGUAGUAGCGAAGUACAUACCGAGGUUGCAUUAGUUACAAUUAAAAUGUUAAAUAUGGCAAUAAAGAAGAAUCCAGAGAUUACAAUGCAACAUUUCAAUGAGACUGGUAUUUUACAAUUAGUUUUCACUCAAAUCACCUCUGACUCUAUCAGUAUCUCACAAGCAGUAAUAGAUUUAUUCACAACAAUAAUAUCAAAUAAAAAAUACAAUAAACCUAUCCUAUUGAAUAAUGAUGAGAAAAGCGAUUGGUUUAAUGAAACAUUUAAAAAAUUAGUAUUACAAUAUUCAUUAGCAAAUUCAAAUAAGGUUAUAUUUUUUAGAAUUCUUGUAAUUGGUUCACUAUUAUUGAAUUUAAAUUUGAAUUUGGAAGAGUCGAAUACAAAUAAUAGUUUAGGUGUUGGUGUACCACAAAUUGAAACACUCAAACCAAAUCAUUCAAUUGGUAACAGUUCAAUAGAUCCAUCAAUUAUUAAUUCAAAUACAAAAUCAAUCUCAAAAGAAGAGGAGGAAUAUAAUGAACAAGUUUUUAAAAAAUAUAGAGAACCAUUCAUAAGUAUACUAGUAUCAGCUUUCAAUGAUUCUACAGGUAAAGAUCAAAUCACUCAAAUGAAUAUAUUAGAAAUCAUUCAAGAAUCGUGUAAAUACACUGUUGCAUUACAAUCAAUUAUUAAUUCUGGUAUGAUAAAUUCAUUAUAUGAAAUUUUUAAGAAAACAACAACGACCACCACCAAUGAUGAUGGUAGUGGUAGUAGUGAUAUUUUAUCAGAAUCACCAAUUUUAAAUAAAAUUAUAUCAUUUUUAGCAAAUGUAUCACAAUUAUCAAAUGAAAAGACAGAGAUGUUAUUCUUUAUUAAUGGUGAAUAUGGUAAAAAGUUUAUAGAGAUAUUUAAAUAUCAUUUGAAUCAUUCAGAGAAUGAAUUAUCUAGAAAGUUGAAAAUGACAAUUUUAGCAUCAAUUGGUAUCAUUGGUAAGAAUUCUAAAGGAUUGGAUUUAAUAAUUAGGGAUGAAUCAUUUGUUAGAUCAUAUACUGAAUUCUUUUUAUCAAAUGAUCAAGAGACAAUCGUGACAAGUUAUAAUUCAUUCUCAAUAAUGUUGAAACCAAAUGACAAGAUUUAUUUAGUGUCUGAUAAACUUUAUCAAAUUUAUCGAUCCCUACCAGAUGGUUUACUAAUGUCAAAGAUGACAAAGAAUUAUAACUCACCAAUUGAGGAUAUAAAAAUGGCAAGCUUUUCAUUAAUUCAAGCAUUAUGUGUUCAUUCAUGGGGUGCUUCUGAAGUCAUUAAAAUGGCUGGUUUCUUUGAAUACUUGAUGAAUAGACAAAAUGAAUCUACAAAAUUGGCAAAGGAAUGGAAAUUUUGUAUCAUUCAAACACUUGUAAAUCAACAUAAAGAUUUAUUCACUUCAAGUUCUGAAUGGAGAGAUAGAUAUCAUCAAAUGGAAUCUUAUUUAAAGAAAGGAAUUCAUUUCAUUCCAUAUGAAUCAAUUACGAAAAUAGAAAAUGAAUUCCAGGGUUAA